AUGAACACAAUUGAUGUCACCAAAAUAUCUGGAGGAACGAAAUUUGAUGGCUACACAGUGGACCACUUGAUCGGUAGUUUCAAGGAUGACAUAGAGUAUCUUGUAAAGGGAAAAGACAAUAAGAAUGAAGACAAGGAUUAUAUGGUUUUCAAGAACUAUCAAAAUGAUUUGCGCGAUAUGUACAAAGGCCGUGUGAUCUCUACUGGAGAAAUUAAGAAUGUUAUGCAACAGCUUAUUAAAGGACUCAAUCAUCUUGAUUUGGCAGGCAUCAUUCAUCGAGAUAUUCAGCCCAAAAAUCUGAAAAUUGAGCAUGAUGGAAACUUUGACAACUUCAUCCUAAAAAUAGCAAAUUUUGGAUCCGCUGUCAAAUACAAAACACGCAUUGUAGAUCACCACAGAGUUGCGCUGCAGUAUCGUUCCAUUGAGCUAUUGCUCUGCACAGAAACUCCCAAACAAGCUUCUGAUAGAUGGUCUGCUGGAUGUGUUAUGGCUGAAUUGCUCAAAGGAGCUCCGUUGUUCGAUGCGUCACAUCAGUUGGAAAUGAUACAUAAAGUAUUCACUUUCCUGGGAAAGCCGGAUAAAGUUUGGCCUGAGUACAACAACCUUACAAUGAAAAGCUACAUUUGUUUGGAUGGUUAUAACUACAUGGAGAAACCGGAUUUUGAAAAAGAAAUUCCACUUGCUCCCAAAGUAGAAGUCGGAAUCCUCAGAAAAUUACUCGCAUAUGCACCUGACAACAGGGAUCGUUUCAACGAAGAAGAGAGAAAUUACUUACUGAACUGA